UGAAAACGAGUGAACUUUGGUCGGUUUUUCGGCGCCACAAGAAAAAUCCUCCCCCAGCCCAGGAUUUCUAUUUCCCCUAUAAUAAUCCAAUACAUUCCCCAAAACAAGGUGAAUAAUACGGGAAAUGGAAAGUUGUGCGAGUUGUUGCAGGCCGGUGAUCAUGCGCAUAUCAAUUGACAAGAAAGAUUUGAGCUUUAUGUCAACAAAUAGAGUGUCGUUUGGUGCUGGGGUUGUACCCCAAGGUACCACUUCAAGGGUCAAGGGUUCGAGGAUUCUAGACACCAGAGCUUCUGCUGUUGAUUCCCAUGAGAGCUCUUCCGAUUUCGUUAACCGUAUGGAAAAAGCUUGGGUCAUCUCUAAGCAACCAAGGCCAAUUGCUUGUUCUUCGUGCAACUCCAUGGGGCACAUUGAAUGCAAGUGGUGCGGAGGUACCGGUUUCUUUAUCCUUGGGGAUAACAUGCUCUGUCAAGUUCCUUCUAGAAACACCAGUUGUGUGAUUUGCGCUGGAAAGGGAUCGACGAGCUGCUCCGACUGCAAAGGAACAGGAUAUCGUGCAAAGUGGUUGGGUGAACCUCCUAUUUCCAAAUAGUUGAGAGUUUCCGCAUGUUUUAGGCUGCAAAACAGCCAGUAAAUUUGUUUUCUAGGUCCAUAUGAAUAGCAUGGCACACCACGCAAUGUAUGUUUUUCGUUUUCUGUUCAUGUCAUUGUACAAUCUUAAAUACUUAUAGAAGAGAAAGAAACAACUGUUGUUACAUAUUGAUUGAAAAUUGAAAUUGACAAAAUGUAGAAAAAUCA